CCAAAUAUUUCCUUGUUAGGGGUGUUGCAAUUACUGAAAAUUCAAAAAGUAGUGGCCUAGUGGGUUUUUUUUCUGCGACGUUUUAUGGGGAAAUCGCUUCCUUCACCAAAUAGAAUUCAAGAUUUUGCCAGAAUAAUCAGCUCCAACAGAAUCCAGCGCCCGACCCAAGUCAAACCCGCAUCCAGAAUUAGGUCAGUUCCAUCCCCUGUGGCCGCAAAGUCUAGGGCGGUGGUCGACGGCGAUUCAUCGGAGCGUCGGCUGAAGCUGAAGAAGAACAUGGAAGAAGCAAGCUCUAACUCCAAUUCCAAUUCCAAUACUUCUUCGUCGAACCAGCGGCGGCUACCUCUUGCUGACGUGGUGGCUGACUGUGUCAAGCGGUGGUUCCACGAUACUCUCAAGGAAGCGAAAGCUGGUGACGCUAACAUGCAGGUCCUUGUUGGUCAGAUGUAUUUUAGUGGCUAUGGUAUAUCCAAAGAUGCACAGAAGGGAAGAGCUUGGAUUACCCGAGCUUCAAAGAGUCGGUCAUCGGCAUGGAAAGUGAGUGAUAAACGCCCAGGCUAUAAUGCCAGUGAUUCUGAUUCUGAUGAUACUGUGGAGGAUACAAAGCAAAAUUGAAGCUCUUUUCAUGGGUUAAACAGGCUGUGGCAUUUGUAUUUUUGUGCUAUGCAUAUGCAAGCCGUCAGUACCUUGCAGUUUGGUAGCAGACAUUCAACUGGACCUGCUGUUCUAAUCUCCAUGAUAUUUUUUUUUCAUUUGAAGUACUCCCAUGUCCAUAGCUCUGACUGGACUGUUAGCAAAUCACAUUAUUUUUCAUUAGUUUUGAUUUUUUCUGUGUCAUGGUGGUUUGAUCUUGUAAUUCUGGCUUAACUGGGAAGAAAACUGAAAAAAAGGUUAUUAUUAGAUCGUCAA